AGCUCCCGCAGUGGGUUGGCUACCUGGAGCAACAGCUAAAACAGACAAGCGCUGUGCGAAAGUACUCCGUCGUCUUUUCCUCCGCCCGUGACAGUCACCAACCGCACCAUUAUGCGCCACGAAGUUGAUUUACAUAAACCAGUCCAACCCACCAAAGUUCCACCCGAAUUAUUAGUCCCCUGACCGACCGAACCCCGCCCGGAGAGAAAGCAGUGGGGGUUGAAAAUUCCUCUCUAGACUGUUUUCCAACGGCCGUGAGCCUUUAAUUCCGUCAAUCGCCGUCAUCUGCUCGCUUUUCACACCGACUAUCUCGGCAGCAACUGGAUUUUGGCUCAACAGUACAUCGUCCUCCCGAGGUCUUCGCCAUCACAGCCCCUGUGAACGAAAUCACCCGGCAAUCGCCGAAGGCAAAACAUAACAACGAGAGCACGUCCAGGCCAGACGGCCUGCACUGGAAUCCGUCGCCAUGAUGGAAUCCACCGUCUGGAAUACCCAGGACCAGUCUCUGCCGCCAUCCCAUGAUGACGACUUUCCGCAAUUCCUCGAUAUGGGAGACACGGGCGGCCUCGAUGGGUCGCUUCAAUUCGACUUUCAGGACUUCCAGCCCGGGCAUGGCUCGUCCAUCAUGUCUCAAAAUCCCCGCGAUCAGCUCGACACCCCCAUGAGAGGGAGCACCGAUGCUACCACCAUGGUGAUGACGGCGUCCGAUAACACAACCGCUCAGUCCCAGCUCAUCGCCAUGAGCUCCGCCGCUUCGCACCCUUCUAUCCCGGCACACAUGAUGCACCAUCCGCCGACCCCCAACGACCCCAUUUCCCAAAUCGAUGCGCAGAUACAAUUUCUUCAGCAGCAGCAGCGCCAGAUGCAGGAGCAACAAGCUCAGCAGCAGGCCGCCUACUAUGCCAGUCAGACCUCGGCUCAAGUGCCCCCGACCCCGCAAAGCCUCGAGAUGCCUUCCAAUGGCAACCAUUUCUACCCUCACGACCAACACCAACAGAACAUGUUUGACACUCGCUAUCAACACAUGAAGGAACAGCAAGAUAUGGCCUUCACCCCUCUCGUCUCUCCUGCGGUGACGCCCCUAGACCCCCAUUUCCAGAUGGACGCCAAUUUUGGCUUGUCAGGCGCCUACUUCAGCCCUCUUACGUCGCCUGCCCUCCACGCUCAGAGCGAGUCCAGCUCGCCCUAUGACCAACGGAACUCAAUUUCCACUCGUAACUCACCCGGCGAGAUGGAUCUGGAGAAUUGUGCGCCCGCCGCCGCUGCUUCAGGAGUGGACCUCUCUAAAAAGGCUAGAAAGAACAACGCAUCACGAGCCAAAGGCAAGGCGAGCGUGCGGCAAUCGCCCAUCUCAAAACCUCAAAAGAAGAAAAUGGUGCCUACUCCCCAGAUGGUCUCCCAGGUUCUCAGCGACCUCCAGGAAUCGGCCGAGGACGGGAUGGACCAGGUACUUCCACCGAGCUUCCUUCCGGCGCCCAUGAGCAGCGAAGAGAGCGAGAACGCGUCGGUGUCACCCGAGACCCUGUCUGACAUGCCGGCCCUAUCCGAAAUGCCACCGCCUCCUCCUCCCACACCUCAGUCUAGGCUUGUAAAAUUGCUAGCGACGGCGGCGGCUCCACCCUCAGCUUUGCCCCCCGGUAUCCAGGGCAAGCCGUCGCCCGCCACACCGGCGUCGCUCAUGAAAUUGCCGUCAUCUAGUGCCAAUGGCGGCGCAACUUCUUCCAGCGCACAGGAAGGCGGUGCGCCGGAGCACAUUGAGAAUCUCGAACUUCCCGAAUCAGCCAAUUUUGCGAAGAUGCGGCUGAGCCCGCUCGACACGAAUCGGACGCCGGUGCAAUGCCCGUCAGAACCCAACUCCGCCCGGGUAUCCGCCUUCCAGCCACUGCCGUCCCCCGUUUUCGCCAAGCCUCGGACAACCGCGUCAGCGAACCAAAGCCCGAUUAUCGCGCCCGGCUCCAGCGGGCCCGCCCCGAGGAAAACACCCCAGCUGGCACCCCGGAACAGCAAGAAAAGGGGAAGCAUCAGCUCCUCGCACGUUUCGCCCGCGCUCCGGCCGCGCAUAUCGCCCCACAUCAAGCCGUUGCUGCCGGGGACGCCGGGAUUGACGGCCGAAGACUCGGCUUCGCGCCUGCUGGCAACGAAAUCCAAUUAUCAGAACAUCCUCGAGGGGAACACCGUACCCGGGGUGACGUACCCCAUGGAGCUCUCCACCAACUUGACGUCGAAGCGGACGUCGCAUAAAAUCGCGGAACAGGGCCGGAGAAACCGCAUCAAUUCGGCAUUGCAGGAAAUCGCUGCGUUGCUGCCCAAGUCGGCCACGACGGAGUUAAAGAGCAGCGAGUGUGAGAAGGACGGAGGGAAACCGGGCUGCGUGCCCAACAGUAAGGCCAGCACGGUGGAGAUGGCUAUCGAGUACAUCAAGCAGCUCAGGCAAGAGGUGGCGGAGGCGACAGCACGUGCAGAGAAGGCGGAGAAAAAGCUGGAGGAGAAAGAAAAGGGGUCGGUAUCGUGACAAGACGGAGUCGCACUGCGCAUGGUGCGCCUGCGGGGUUGUCUUUGUAGUACUGGCUCGAUGGCGCAUUCCUCGAGUGGUUAGAUUCAUGAUACAGGCACUGGGGGGUAGGGGAGAUGGCUGGUUUCUUGUUUGCCGGGUACUGGCUGCGACAGCAUGUGAUAUAAAAGAGCGAGGAGUUUGGUGAUGGCGGGCGGUUAUGUGAUGGCGGUUCGCCUGAGCGUUUAAUGUCGUUUUGUUCAUUCAAUCGUGUAUCUCUGGGGCGGGUUAUAGACGUGUCUGAGACUGAAGGUGCCCUACAUAUAUAUAUAUAUAUAUAUAUAUACGUAGGUGUAUAGGUUUAUAUAAAACGGAAUCUGGGCCU